CUCUACAAAACUGUCUUUCCGCCGGUUACCUCGAUCGUGUGCUUUCCGUCGAAUAUCGGAUAUUUCUUUCAAAGAUGCCAGUGAAACAAGUGACCGACGAUGCUCGCUUUCAAGCCGAACUGUCCAAUUCUGGAGCCAGCCUUGUCAUAGUGGAUUUUACGGCGAGUUGGUGUGGACCCUGUCAGAGGAUGGCACCCGUGUUCGACUCCCUAAGCAACAAGUACACGCAGGCAGUGUUCUUGAAGGUGGACAUUGACCAAUGUCAAGAAAUCGCCGCCGCCCAGGGCGUAAGCGCCGUGCCGACAUUCGUUUUCUUCCGGGCCAAGGCGAAGCUAGCCACCCUGCGAGGCGCCGACCCGAACACCCUCGAAGCCAAGAUCCGGGAACUUCUCAGUGCCGAGCCUCCGGAGGGAGCUGCCACCGAGAAAGUUCAGGGCCAUGUUGACAUGUCAACAUUCUUCGAUCGCAGUGCUCAGGAAUGCUUAAAUGAGUCUGAUGACCACCCACUUUCAGGCUGUUUGUCGUCGGGAGAUGGCUACUUGGAAUCUGACUGCGAUGAGCAGCUGAUCAUUUCUCUGGGAUUCACACAGCCUGUGAAACUCCACUCUAUCAAAUUUCAAGCACCUAGUACUCUGGGUCCCAAAACCGUGAAGUUGUUCAUCAACCAGCCCAGGACUCUGGGAUUUGACCAAGCAGUUGGAAUGGAGCCUGUGCAGACGCUUGUGCUCGAGGGCAAGGACCUUGAAGAAGGAGUAGUCACACCUCUGCGUUUCGUGAAGUUCCAGAAUGUGCAGAACCUGCAGAUCUUUGUCAAGGACAACCAGACGGGAACUGAAACCACGCGCAUCAACUCCCUGGUGAUCUUUGGCAGCCCUAUCAAUGCCACAAACAUGGGCGAUUUCAAACGGGUGGCUGGAAAGAAAGGAGAAAGCCAUUAGGAAGUAAGCAGAACAUGCCUUACACAGGAGUGGCCUUGUGAUCUACUGCUUUGCUUUAUAGUAUGCAAUUUUCGAGGGGCUCAAAAUUGUCAACUUCGAGCAAGAUAUUCAAGCAUGGCAUCGACUCAGGAAAGGGUGCCACAGAAACUCAUUCAGAUGCAUGUGUACAUUUGAGGCUAAAAUAAAGCGUUUUUCAGG